AUGCCUCUCAAGAAGAGGCUCGAAAGGUUUAUCAGCCCGUUCAAACAAGGCUUGCAACGCAGACUUGGUCGGAGGGAUGGAGUUGACGCCCAAUCGUCCACCUUGCUUCCAGCCGUCCCAACCACAUCCCAAGCCAUGCUAACACCAGGCUCUGGAAAUCGUCAAGCCACAGUCUUGAUGUCUAAUAACAAUAUAGCUGUGUCUUCUCCGACUCCGGCAGAGCCUGGUGUUCAUUGGCCUUUCCUCGACAACCUGAGUGAUGCUAUUUCGCCAGUGGCCGAUGCGUUUGGUCCCCUCAAGGCUAUAUUCAGCGAUCUUAUAGACUGUGUGCACAUAUAUGAGAUGGCCGCCAAAGAUCGACAAGACUACGAAGCACUGCGUUUGAGUCUCACCAAAACCCUAGAGGAACUGAGAGCACAAUUUACUGGUCAAGACUCGCCUGAGAUGUCCGAGACUAUUUCGGGUCUAUGCGAGUCAAUCCAACAGGAGAUCAACUCGGUCAAAACUCUUGAAGCCGAAGGGAUGGUGCGACGGCACAUACGAGCAGGAAGUGGCUCAGACGAGGUGCUCGGGUGCUAUAAUCGAAUCCACGGCUACUUGACCGGCAUAUCGAUUGAGAUGAGCCGGUCGAUGCAUCACAGGCUGGAGCAACAGUCAAGGGAUCUCAAGGAGCAAGCGAGGAAAGCAGAAGAGCAAACAAAGAAGAUUGAGGAAGAAGCAAGAAAGGCCGAAGAACACCUCAAAAAGACAGAAGAACUAGCAAAGCAUAUCAAGUCCAGCCACGCCCGUUCUUACCUCGACCGUCUCUGUCCCUCUUUCUCGGCUCAGUUUAACUCUACACAGGCAAUAGAACUCAAGCGUGGCGAAUGCACCGCUGGCACUCGACUCGAAGUCCUCGCAAACAUGCGCCAAUGGGCCUCAAUACCUGGCUCUGACUCUGGGGCGGUAUAUUGGCUGAACGGCAUGGCUGGAACUGGCAAGACCACAAUCGCAUAUAGUCUAUGCUCCGAGCUUGAAAAAACAAAGCAGCUUGGCGCAAGCUUCUUCUGCUCUCGCCUACUGCCUGAAUGCCGCGACGUCAAUCGCAUCAUACCGUCGAUUGCGUACCAACUUGCGCAGCACUCGCCUGUAUUUGGAGCGGCGUUGCUCGAAGCUCUAGAGCGCGACCCAGAUAUACACACACGGGUACCGGCGAUCCAGUUCAAUUCGCUUAUUGCAGAGCCCUUGCUUAAGACCAAGUCAUCCUUGAAGGAUAGCUUGAUUGUAGUGAUUGAUGCGCUGGACGAAUGCAAAAAUCAAGAAAGUACAAAGGUCGUCCUCAGCACCUUACUUUACGUAGACGAUAGCCUACAUCUUCCGAUUCGAUUUUUUGUUUCUAGUCGACCCGAACCAGAAAUACACCAGGAGAUGCGAAAGAGAAUGAAUGCCGAACGCUACUCCCAGUUGAUCUUGCAUGAGCUCGACUCGGAUACAGUCCAGACAGAUAUCCACAAGUACAUCCGUGCCGCACUGGCUCCAAUGGACCAAGUAUCCGACUCCCAGAUCACACAACUUGUCGGAGACUGCGGAGUCCUGUUUAUCUACGCUGCCACCGCGGUACGAUACAUUAGCUACAAGAACUUCACCAAAGACCCGUAUGGCCGUCUACAAAAUGUACUGAACGCAUCUAGCCCCGGAGCGAGACAGAAGGACAAGGCGAUCAACGAUCUGUACACGGUCAUACUGAAAGCCGCACUUGAGGACGAAGACAUCGACGACACCGAACGCAAAGACAUACUGCGGCUAUUGCAUACCAUUGUUAUCGCUCAGGAACCGCUGACGAUCUCGGCGCUUUCCGGACUGUUGCAGCUGGGUAGCGAAGAUCGGGUACGGGGAGCGAUUCGGCCUUUGUGGUCAGUGCUGCAUGUGACGGGAUCAAACGAACUCGUGACAACUCUGCAUGCUUCGUUCCCGGAUUAUAUGCUCUCCAAAGAGCGCUCAGGAGACUACUGGUGCGACCGCAAGCUCUACGACAGUGCCAUGGCUCGCUUGUGCCUUGGGUGCAUCGCUGCCACGAGGCCACGUUUCAACAUAUGUGGACUCGACUCAUCCACUGCACUCGACAAAGACGUGCCAAACCUCGAUCAGAAGAUACAGAACGUGGUGCCAGCUCAUCUGCUCUAUGCAUGCCGAUACUUCGCCGCUCAUCUCGAGUCCGCCGCUGUACCCCAUGAGCUAUCGACGCUGGUGCGAGAGUUCAUGUUGACCCAACUACUGCUAUGGCUGGAAGUCAUGAACCUGACAGGAAACAUACAGACGGCGGAGAAGGCGAUGCGGAGAGUGGAUAGCUGGGCCAUGGCCCAUACAGAUACACCUGAGCUGCAAGAGCUGGCGCACGACGCAUGGUGCUUCACAACAAGCUUUGGAUCGAACGUGGUGUGCGCCAGCACUCCCCACAUCUAUGUGUCGAUGUUGCCAUUCUGGCCGUCGUCACGUCCUAUCUCACAGGCGUACAAGGGCUUGUAUCAUGGGCUGCCUGAAGUGGGUGGAACAGCAAUGGACAUGCGACAGCUUGCGGUGCUGGCUACGUGGUCGUUCUCCAAGGCAGUCAACUGUGUGGUGUUCUCGCGUGACGGGAGUCGGGUCGCCUUAGCAUCAGGAUGGCAAGUGAUAGUGGCAGACGCAUAUAGUGACAGACCCAUCGCCGAGCCACUCAAGGGACAUACCAAGACAGUAACAUCCGUGGACUUCUCGCCCGAUGGCACUCGCAUUGUCUCGGGCUCGGAUGACUGGUCUAUCCGGGUGUGGGAUGUGGAAACCGGACAGUUGGUGCUCGGUCCACUCCAAGGGCAUUCGUAUGUGAUCACCUCGGUCCAGUACUCACCUGAUGAGACUUGCAUUGCCUCUUGCUCAUACGAUGGAACAAUCCGUACCUGGGAUGCCACAACAGGCGAGACGAAACUCGUGAUCGAAACGCCAGAGGAGCACAGAAGUCCGAUCCACUCAAUUCGAUACUCGCCUGAUGGCGCUCACAUUGUCGCUGGCCUGGAAAAUGGGCAACUGUAUGUGUGGCAGGCGUCUAUCGGUGCAUUGGUACUUGGUCCUCUUCAAGCCCAUACGCACGCAGUCCUCUCAGUCGACUACUCACCAGACGGCACUCAUACCGUGUCUGGCUCUCAUGACAACACCAUACGCAUCUGGAAUUCAGUCGACGGGUAUGCGGUGCCAGGACCGCCUAUGGAGCAAAACACGGCUAUACGAUCAGUAAGGUACUCGCCAGACGGCAGGCAUAUCGCGUCCGGCUCGUAUGACGGUACCAUAUGUGUGUGGGACCCGCAGACUUGCAUGGCCAUACUCGGCCCUCUCAAGGCGCAUAGCAAUUCGAUCUCGUCGAUUUGCUACUCACCGGAUGGCGCCAGGAUUGUAUCGUGUGCCUAUAAUGAUCCGACCGUACACGCAUGGGAUGCUCGUCGCCGCCAAAAGGCUCUCCCAGUGGCUGAAGGAUGUGCAGAGCAGGUUGGCUGGCUUGCGUACUCGCCCGAUAGCUCAUGCAUCGUAUCUGCUUCUGGCAAUCAUAUCACAUCCCAUACCAGCUCGGUGAGCUCGGUGGACUACUCGCCUACAGGUGACCAGUUUGCCUCUGGCUCGUGGGACAAGACCAUAUGCACGUGGGAUGCUCAGACUGGACACAUGCUGCUCGGCCCACUCACAGGUCACACCCGCCCGGUCAGCUCAGUUGCAUACUCUCCGGACGGCACAUCGCUUGCUUCUGGGUCAGGUGACAGCACAAUACGGGUAUGGAGCACUCGAACUGGCGAGCUGAUACUGGGACCACUCGAAUACCACACAUCCUUUGUUAUAAUGGUGCGGUACUCGCCCACAGGCACAUGCAUUGCUUCCUGCUCGUUUGACAAGACGAUCUGUGUAUGGAGUGCGCAGACCGGAGAUCUGAUACUCGGACCGCUCAUAGGACACACGGAUUUUGUUCAGUCAAUCGACUUCUCACCCGAUGGCACUCGCAUCGUAUCCUGCUCCAGAGAUCGUACCAUACGAGUGUGGGACAUACAGACAGGACAGACAGUACUGGGGCCACUGGAAGACAGUUGUGGAGAAUAUGCAGAGGUGCGAUACUCGCCGAGGGGUGACUACAUAUGCAGCACUCAGUACAAUGUGAUCUGGGUGCUGAACGCCCACACUGGAGACGUCCUCAGUGGCCCACAUAUGGGACAUAUAGACCACGUUUCGAGCAUUGCUAUCUCACCCGAUGGCACACGUAUUGUCUCUGGGUCGUUCGACAGAGCUAUUCGGGUAUGGGAUGUGGAUGGGAAGACGAGCUCCAUCUCCACCGCUUCUGCUCGCGGUGCUUGGAAGCUCAACGAUGAAGGGUGGGCAGUUGGCUUGUCAGACUCGUCACGGCUGCUGGUUUGGGUUCCCCACGAUAUGCGUGCAUCGCUCAUACUUCCUCAAACCCCUUUAUUGAUAUCCGAGAAGGGGUGUCUGACUCUAGAUUUUGGAAACGCAUACAUUGGAAACUCGUGGACUGAGUUGCAUAGGCCUACAUUUUGA